CAGCACCCCAUCAAGAUGCCUGAAGGGGAGUGGGAGAACGGCAAGUCCCAGGUGCUAUGCGAGGGCCGCAAGUCCGGCACGGAGAACUCCUACGUCUGCCGCUACUGCCAGAGGGUCUUCCGCAAGAGCUACAACCUGCUCAUCCACGAGCGCUCCCACGAGGACCACGACAAGUGCCAGUACGAUGUCUUCCGUGUACGCUCCAGCCUGCAGGAGUUAAAGAAUUACAACUACGCGACCCUGACCUACAAGCUGUGGUGAAGUGGAUGUUCAGCUGGUGUUCCUCGACUCCCAACUUGAGAUCCCUGGUUCGAACCCCGUCUCGUACCUUCCUGCACCUUGUAACCAUAUUGUUGUCUAUAUCCAUGAUAAAUAAAAAUAGAUCAUUUGUAAGUAAUGCUACACAUUAUUAUUAUUGUGUGGGGAGCGACGGAGCUUUGGGGAAGUGUGACUAGAUCUCUGUUGUUUAUUUUGUAGUGCACGUUGCCGCCUUGGUAAGGUCACGGAGGCCGUGUAUGUUAGGUUCCCCUUAACCUUGUACCUUCCUUCCUUCCCCUCAUGUCCCCCUCACGCCUUCCCCGUCCCCUCAUACCUUCCCCUUCCUCUCCCAGUUUUCUCUUUCUCAACUUUCCUCUAAAGUUAUCAAUUCGUUGUCUACCUAUGUACUCCAGCGUCCAUAACACGUUCUAUACGUCCUCACCCUUCCAUUUUCCCCUCUCUCCCUCGCAUCUAUUAUCCUGUCUUCUCCCUCUCCCUCUUCCUCUCCGUCCCCUUGCUCUCCCUCGCUUGGAAUCAACCAACCACCCACAUUAAGUGUAUAUACUCAGACAUUCCUAAUGAGGUCUAAUAUAUAUAUAUAUAUAUAUAUAUAUAUAUAUAUAUAUAUAUAUAUAUAUAUAUAUAUAUAUAUAUAUAUAUAUAUAUGUAAUGAAUUCAAAUUUCAAGUGUGGCAAAGUGUGGCUGAAAGCUACCAAGAGAGGGAGAUUAAAGUCUUCCAGGGGAUGGGAUUUAAUAAGAUUUAUUCCCAGUUUAUCUGUAAUAUAUCACUGAUAUACCAUAUAUGUAUCUUGGGUAUAUCUUGAUCGACCUAUUCCAUGACUAUAUUCUGAAUAUAAUUGGGAAUAUAUCUUAGUUAUUCACUGAAUAUAAUCCGGUUAUACCAUGAAUAUACUCUGAAUAUAAUCGGAAUGCACCUUAAGUAUUCACUGUAUGUGUACUAAGGUUAUAUUGCAAAUAUCCUGAGGGUGUGCUGAGUAUAUAUGUGAAAUAAAUGUUGAAUGUGAAUAUAACCAUAGUAUAUCCUUAAGAUAUGCUGAUAAAACACUGAGUAUGACCUAAAUAUAUCCUGGUGAUGUCACCCUCAUCCUUUAGUCCAAACGUUAUACCAGCUUGAAUUAUAUAAGUAUAUUGUGUGUCCGUAAGCUAAGUCUAAGGGCAAGCAGGGGUCAACAGAUUUUUUAUAUUAUAAAUAUAUAUAUAUAUAUAUUUAAAUAAAUCCCGUUCAUAAACAUUGUGAUCUAAAAUAUAUAUUCUUCGUCACAAUGUAUUAAUAAAAAUUUUGUGUUCUCAAUAUUUUCGAUUUUAUUACAUGUUUCAUUCAAUUUGAUUUAUAUGCAAAUAAUAGUUUCUUUACACAAUUUGUUAUUCUUUUUUUUUGUACUUGCCCAACUCUAGUUCAUUGCAGUAUUGCCCAGUAAAAGCUUUAUAUUGAUUUAUAUAAUAAAAUUUAUUUAGUUCUUAAAUAUAAACCUAGGUUAAUGCUAGUGAAGAAUGUGGCACUCUGGUGUCAUGUGAAUUCUCAUAGUGCCAUUAGUUAAAUGAAUAAAUUUAUGUUCUUAUAUUGAAUAAAUUGCUUGGCUUUG